ACAUAAAACUAGUGGACAAAGAAAUAAAGAAAAACACUAAUUUCUGAAUUUUCAAUAAAUACCCUACGCAUAACUUUGUUAUUGUUACAUUUUCCAAAUUCAAGACAAGAAAAAACUUUUUUCUUUAAGACAAAGAAAGACAAAAGAAACAUCGAACAUGGAUUUCUUCACCGAUCAAGUAAAGAAGAAGUUCUCCGACAAGAAACCGGAGAGCUCGGACCCGGAGCCCAACCACAACAAGAACACACCAGAUCACACCGAGCCAACGACACAUAAACCGGUUUCCAACACCGAUCCAACAGCACAUAGGCCAGCUUCCAACGCUGAGCUCAUGGCUAGUGCCAAGAUCGUAGCCGAAGCUGCUCAAGCCGCUGCUCGUAACGAGUCAGACAAGCUGGACAAAGCAAAAGUCGCCGGAGCCACCGCUGAUAUCCUUGACGCCGCUUCUAGAUAUGGCAAGCUCGAUGAAAAGAGCGGUGUCGGUCAGUACCUCGAGAAAGCUGAACAAUAUCUCCACAAGUACGAAACUUCCCACUCUCACUCCUCCGGCGGUGGAAGCCACGGUACUGCUGGCACCGGUGGAAGCCACGGUGGUGUUGCAACCGGGGGAAGCCACGGCGGUGUUGGAACCGGGGGAAGCCACGGUGGUGGAGCUGGAGCACCGGCGUCUAAGAAAGAAGAUGAGAAGUCCGGAGGUGGCCAUGGGUUUGGAGAUUAUGCUAAGAUGGCUCAAGGUUUCAUGAAAUGAUCGAUUAACGUUUUAAUUAGUAGAGUAACAAUAAUGAUGUCAGUGAUUAUCUUCUAUAAUUACUUUUAGUAAGCAGUUGUUUUAUGAAUUAGUCACUGUUGGAUACUUGGAUUUGUGUAUGGUUGAGUUGAGGAACAUUAUGAUGAUGUUAGGUACUUUCUCAAUUUCUAGAAAAAGUAUUUUCUAGGUAUUUUUUCUUGUUCUUUAAAAAUAUAAUUUCAAAAACUUUUUAA